GAUUUCAACAUGAUGACAUCUCCUAAGUUUGUUCUCUACCUGACAUGUUUCUUCUUUGGGAAAAUGGUUCAGAUGCAUCAUUUUAUCUUGUCUCAUCAAGUCAGGGGAUUUAUAUCAGCAUAUGUUGGAGACAACUUGACUUUGCAGUGUUUAAAUGAGGAGAGGGACCAUAGGAUGUAUUGGUACAAACAAACACCUGGACAGAAACCUCGAGUUAUCCCAUUGACGUACAGAUCCACUAAAAGUAUUUUGUUCAAGAAUGAAUUUGUGGACAAUCAACGCUUCACGGUGGAAACUAAUGAUGUUGAGAGUCAACUAAAAAUAGCAGAUCUGCAGCUUUCAGACUCAGCUACUUACUACUGUAUAAAGAGUCAAUUCUAUGUGUUUGACUUCAUGGAGGGCGUCACUGUCAGUGUGAAAGGUUCAGGGUCUAACAUCCAGGCUGUGGUGCAUCAGUCUGAGAGCAUCCAGCCAGGAGGCUCUGUGACUCUCAGCUGUACAGUUCACACUGGGACCUGUUAUGGAGAACACAGUGUUUACUGGUUCAAGAGCUCUGAAGAACCUCAGCCAGGACUCAUUUACACCCACGGAGACAGGAACCAUCAGUGUGAGAGGAAACCCGACACACAGACAAACACCUGUGUUUACAACUUGUCAAUGGAGAGACUGAACCGUUCUCAUGCUGGGACCUACUACUGUGCUGUCGCUGCAUGUGGACACAUUGUGUUUGGAGACGGGACCAAGCUGGAGUUUGAUGGAGAGUCUCUACCAAAGACUAAUUUAAUGAAUAGUGACAGUUAUGUAAAAAGAGACGGGACCAAGCUGGAGUUUGAUGAUGAGGUGGACUGGCUGGUGGUUUUCUUGAGUGCGACCUCUGCAAUCACCACCCUGCUGAGUGUUCUACUGGCUUUCUCAAUAUGCAUGAUGAGGGUCACAGGUAAAUGCUACUAUCUGCUCCUCAUGAUCCCAGUGAUCAUUAUAUGACAUCAAAAAGUAUCUCUAUCUUUUCAGAUCCCCAUGCUGCAUCCUCCAAAAUAAAUGCAAAGGAUGAGCAGAAUGAAGACGACCCCUGCUACAUUGCUCACAGGGAGAUACAGAUGAACAGAUCCAGAAGACAGAGGGAUGAUACCAUGAGUGAAUGUGUGUACUUGAGUGUGUGAGGCAGUAGAGCUGGACACCUUCUGUAUUUGUCUAUGUGUUUAAUCACCAUAUUAUGUCUUUACUGACAUCAGAACAGUCCUGUAAAGUAGAUCUUUACCUCCGUGUGAAACAGGUAAAGCUUCAGUUUGCUAUCAUCUAAAUAAAACAAGUUAAAUUUG